AUGCAGCCCUGCUCUGCUGACAUGGCGCGGGUCCUAGCUGCACAGCUUCCGCCGAGCAGGGGCGCCGUGUGGCCCCAUGGGCAUUCGCGUGCAGAGGCCGCCCGCUGUACACUUCCAUUGGCCUCAGCCCGGCCUCAGCGGCCUUGGCCGUGUCUGCUUUUGAGAAAAGGCGCGGUUCCUCGCUCCUCUUCUGGCCGACGGGAGGUGCUGAACAAAUUACUUGAUUUGGGGCUCCAGGGCCUCUUGACCCUCAGCACGGUGGCGCUCUUCUUCGUGUGGGCUGGGAGCACGGCCUUCCAACGGGGGCUGGUAGAGCUGUCUGUGCAGCUCUUUGACGCAGCAUCCGCUGUGGGCUACCCAUCCGCUUUGCUUUGGCAGAGGGGCAUCUCUUUGUACUACUCAGGCCGCUACGAAGAUGGGGCGGCACAGUUUCGCAAGGACGCGGAUGUUAAUUCCAGCGACACGGAGGAAGCGGUCUGGGCCAUGUUGUGCGAAGCGCAAACCUUCGGCUUUGCUUCAGCCCAGCAGCGGAUGAUGGGGGUCGGGAAGGACCCCAGGUCCAUCAUGCGGCUCGUGUCGGAGCUUUUCGAAGGCGCCGAGGAUGCGAAGCGUCAACUGGAAGCCAUAGCAUCUGUGUCACCUGGGGACAAAGACUCCUUCUAUUCGGCACUGUACUUGGGUCUUUUCGAGGAGUCACAAGGACACGACCAGACAUCCCUGCAAUGGAUCCGACGUUCACUUGAUACCCGUUACGCUGAAGGCAGCUUCGAUUACAUGGUCGAUGCGCAGCGAGAUUCGGCACAGCGGCUGAGGGCCGGUGCCCGCCGCCUGGAGGACUCCCGACGGACGGCUUUGGAGGCUCUCGUGGCACUGAGGGAGGCCGAGAGCAUUGGCAUGGACGUGAUGUCCGAGCUCACCGACCAGCGGGAUGCACUGAAGCGGACGAAGGUAAGUGUGGAACGAUCCAGCCCAGGCAGGGGCGGCCGUCGGGGCAUUCCGGCCGUUGCCAUGGCCUGGAACGCUGCGGAAAUCCGGGAAUGGGCCGCACGCGAGUGCCUUUCGAGGCGCAUUGCGGCGAAGGCUGAAGAGCUUGAAGACUUGGGUGGUCUCAAGGCCAUCACUGACAGCUGGCUAUGUGCGAAUGGAGUGACUCUUCUGCCAGCGCGCUCGCGCGCCCUGACGGCGGCGAAGGCGGCACUCCAUCCAAAGAAGAAGGCCUUCAGGCUUGGCCGAAGGGGUGUCAUGUUUCUCGAAGCCCAAGAUGCGGAAGUUUUCCAGCGCCGCCGACCCGGCCGGCAGUGCCGGCAGCCUGAGGUCACAGAUCAAGUCGUGGAACGCCGCCGGCCACACCGGCGUGUAAACCGCAACAAGAAGGAGUCUCGCCCUUUGAAUGGGCUCCCUCAGCGGAUUGAGGAGGAGGAGACAGACGCGGAACUGGGGACGGGGACUACUGAGAGACCCACUGAGCCAGCAAGUAACCAAAAGUCAUGUUUCACCAGCACUUCUGGCAGUGCUACACCACCUGUUCCGUCUUCGGAGACGUCGUUCUGGUGGACCUUGCUCUGCCGGACGUUCCAGGUCUUCACCCCCGAAAUGGCGGUUCAAGGGCCAUUGAUGAACAUGCCCGUAUAG